UCGACGACUUGUUUGAUUAGAAAAAAGAUUGGAUUAGUAGCAUAACUAAAAAAAAAUGGGUGAUGAGAUUGGAAGGUCGGUCCAAACAGCAGUGUGCAAACGGCGAUCUUGAAGAUCGAAGAUAGAACCAAAAAAACACAGCGCACUUGUAACGUAUUCGGAUAAAGAUCAUCAUUCAAUUCAUAUUCAUUAUUCACAUUCCAAGUUGCAACUACCAUCACUUGCCUGAGAAAUUCGCGACUAUGAGUGUGCAGCAAAAUUCAGAUGUGAAUGUGCGAAUUGCGAGAAUCGCCUCCCAUCUCAACCCUCCCAAUCCCAAGGUGGAGGGUGAUGGUGAUGGGUGCUUGACGCGUGCACAUUGCAGAUCCAAAGGUGCUGCCCCGGGGUUCAAAGUGGCCAUUUUGGGGGCUGCAGGUGGCAUAGGACAGCCUCUCUCCAUGUUGAUGAAGAUGAAUCCUCUCAUCUCCGUUCUUCACCUAUACGACGUCGUCAACACCCCCGGCGUCACUGCUGAUGUCAGCCACAUGGACACUGGCGCUGUUGUAAUUCUUUACCUUGGAUUGGAUUGUUUUGCCGGAAUAAGUGAAAGCUCUUUCCAUUUGGUUGUUGCCCGCAAACCUGGUAUGACAAGAGAUGAUCUCUUCAACAUAAAUGCUGGAAUUGUUAAAUCACUCUCCGAAGCAGUUGCAAGGUUCUGUCCCAAAGCUGUUGUCAACAUCAUAAGUAAUCCUGUUAACUCCACGGUUCCAAUUGCUGCUGAAGUUUUCAAAAAAGCUGGUACUUAUGAUCCUAAGAAACUUUUGGGAGUGACAAAGCUUGAUGUUGUUAGAGCCAAUACAUUUGUGGCAGAAGUUCUAGGUGUUGAUCCAAGGGAUCUGGAUGUCCCUGUCAUUGGGGGACAUGCAGGAAUCACUAUUUUACCUCUUCUUUCUCAGGUUAAACCUCCAAGCACUUUCACCCCAAAAGAGGUCGAGUACCUGACAGAUCGCAUACAAAAUGGUGGAACUGAAGUUGUUGAGGCCAAAGCUGGAGCUGGCUCUGCAACUCUAUCAAUGGCAUUUGCUGCUGCUAAAUUUGCAGAAUCAUGCCUCCGUGCACUGAGAGGAGAUGCCGGGAUCAUUGAAUGUGCAUAUAUUGAUUCACAGGUGACUGAAAUCCCAUACUUUGCAUCAAAAGUGCGACUUUCCCGUGGUGGGGUUGAGGAAGUUCUUCCUCUUGGUCCCCUAAAUGAUUAUGAGAGGGAGAGUUUGGAAAAGGCCAAGAAAGAGUUAGCAAGUAGCAUCGAGAAAGGUGUUGCUUUCGUCAGAAAAUGAGAGCAAGCCCAUGAUACCAAUUUUACAUAGAAAUCCAAGUCAUCUUAGAUCCUGAAAAUAAGUUGCAGUAUUGUGCUAUGUCCAAGUUGAGAUAUCAAUUUUUUAAUUGGAAAUAUGUAAUUUAUAUAUUGGUAUCUUUCUGGAAUUAUGUAAUAAAAAUGGAUCAUUUUCAAUACAUCAUCAUACAGCAAACGUGUAAUGAUGGGGAAUUAGGGACACUGUAUUGAGAACUAUUGUUCUUGUUUCAAGUCUUCUUGUUCCCUUUUGAGUUUUUUUUUUUUUGGUUUUUGGUUUUUGGUCAUGGUUCCCUUUGAGUUUGAUGCCAUGAACUUUGUAAGAAUGUUUAUUCUGCACUAAAGAAAGCCCAAAUAUCGCUUCUUUUCCUGGAC